CAGUGCACACAUCACAUGCACCACACAUCACAUCCACACAACACAAGCAUAGCUCUUCUGGAUAUUGGGAGAAUAACAGGAAGAGGAGGGAAGGAUGGGUUGGGAAAGAUUGUAUGUAUCUGUCUCUAUUAGAGGGCUUUCCACUGACCUCUGUGUGUUUGGUCGUGUGUGUGUGUGUGAGGGGUGUGUGUCGGGCUAGGAGUGGAUUGAGGCUGCAGCAGGCAGUCAGCCCCCAGCAGCUCAGCUCUGUGUUGUCACCGGGGAAACAAGCGACCAACCAGGCUGAGGCAGCCCAGACCUGUUUUGCUUCCUGCCGCCUGGAAUAAAAGGGAAAGGAACAGCUCUGUUUUUAGCCUUUUUCUUCUGUUUUUUUUCCCACUGUGGAUAGCCUUUCAUCAUCAACUCCCACAGACAGACAGACAUACAGAGGCUCACAACAAGCUUGCAAUGUGAAGGGCACAGGGAGGGAGGCAAGGAGUGUGUGUGGAUAAUGGCUCACUAUAAGGAUGUAGCCGUCAAAAAGACCUCUUCUCUCAACCUGGUGACGGGAUUCUUUCAGUAUCUCCGCGAUGAACAAGAGGCCGUACAGAAGAGGACCUUUACAAAAUGGAUAAACUCCCACUUGGCAAAGCGCAAACCACCUCUAGAGGUCACCGACCUCUUCGAGGACAUCAAAGAUGGGGUGAAACUUCUGGCUCUGUUGGAGGUGCUGUCUGGACAGAGACUACCAUGUGAGCAGGGCCGCCAGCUGAAGAGGAUCCACUGGGUGUCCAACAUCGGCACCGCCCUCAGGUUCCUCGAAGGCAGGAAGAUCAAGCUAGUCAACAUUCAUGCCACUGACAUCGCAGACGGUCGACCAUCCAUUGUCCUGGGGUUGAUAUGGACCGUCAUUCUCUACUUCCAGAUCGAGGAGUUGACCAGUAACCUACCAGCCCUGGCAGCCCUCUCCAGCAGUACCUCCUCAAUGGACAGCAUGGCCAGUAACUCAGAGACUGGCAGUCCCCCUAUGAAGAGGAAGGUAGUACCCAAGAAGUUCCAGGGCAACGCCAAGAGGGCCCUGCUCAGAUGGGUGCAGUGCACCGCCGCCAAGCGUCAGGGCAUGGAAGUGAAGGACUUUGGUGCUAGUUGGCGGAGCGGGGUGGCGUUCCACUCUGUGGUCCAUGCCAUCCGCCCAGACCUGGUGGACAUGGAGGUGGUGAGGAGGAGGAGCAACAAAGAUAAUCUGGAGGAAGCCUUCUCAUUGGCCGAGAACGAGCUGGGCAUCCCACGCCUGCUGGAUCCAGAAGAUGUGGAUGUAGAUAAACCGGAUGAGAAGUCCAUCAUGACAUAUGUUGCUCAGUUCCUCAAGCACUACCCCAACCCCCACCACUCCGAGACAGAUGGACAGGAAGAUGAGAGAGAAGAGCGUAAGGUUCUGAGAGAGCUGAAGGUGUGGCUGGAUCAACUGGAGAGGGACGUGCUGCGAGUCCAGGGGGCAGAGGGCAACCUGACAGACAAGUACCAGGGCUUCAAGAGUUUCCGUGUGCAGUAUGAAAUAAAGAAGAAACAGACAGAGCCUCUACUGCAGCCGGUGCACAGGGAUGGGAAGCUGUCUGUAGACCAGGCCCUGGUCAAACAAGCGUGGGAACGUGUCUCUAUCAGGCUCCUGGACUGGCACAUCCAUCUGGAUAAGUCGUUGCCUGGCCCACUGGGGGUGAUCGGAGCCUGGCUGCAUCGAGCUGAGAUCGCUUUGAGAGAGGAGAUUCCCAUCCAACAAGCCCAUGAAGAGACAGCCAACGUGAUCCACAGGAAACUGGAGCAGCACAAGGAGGUACUGAAGAACUUGGAAUCCCACCAGCAGACGUUCCAGCAGAUCCACAGAGACAGAUCUGUGAACGGGGUCCCUGUCCCCUCUGAACAGCUCCAAGACAUGGCCGAGCGGUUCAACUAUGUGUCCACAUCAUCUCAUGCCCACCUGAUCAAACUGGAAUUCUGGGAGAUGAAGUACCGUCUGAUGGCGUUUCUCAUCCUGGCUGAGUCCAAGCUCAAGUCCUGGAUCAUCAAAUAUGGCCGCCGUGACUCCGUGGAACUACUGCUGCAUAGCUACAUUUCCUUCAUUGAUGGACACAAGUUCUUUGAACAGUAUGAGACAACAUUUAAGGCACUCAGGCAAGCUGCAGAUGUCUACAUCAAGUCUGAUGGUUCAGUUGAGGAAGCGGAGGGGGUGGGUAAGUUCCUGUCGGACACGUCGGCCCAGUGGAGGAACCUGUCGGUUGAGGUGCGUAGCGUGAGGAGCAUGCUGGAGGAGGUCAUCUCUAACUGGGAGAAGUAUAGCAGCACGGUGGCUGGACUGCAGGCCUGGCUGGAGGACGCAGAGCAGAUGCUCAACCAGUCAGAGAACAAAAAACGGGACUUCUUCCGGAACCUUCCUCAUUGGAUUCAGCAGCACAUGGACAUGAAUGAUGCAGGGAACUUCCUGAUCGAGACAUGCGAUGAGACCGUCUCCAGAGACCUUAAGCAGCAGCUGCUUCUUCUCAAUGGGAGGUGGAGAGAGCUGUUCGUUAAAGUCAAACAUUAUGCUAGAGCGGAUGAGGUGGAUAAGUUGAAACAGGACUAUCAGGACUCUAUAGCUACUCUCAAAACGUUCAUGAAUGCAACCAAUGACAAGAUGACUGCCCCUGUCCAAGUGUCCUUCCUGAAUGUCAGGACAUUCGUUCAAGAUGUUGAGGACAUCAAGCACAAAGUGCCUGCCAUGGAGGCAGCCUGUAAGACAGCCACCCGCACCGCCCAACUACUGACCAAGGACACAUCCCCGGAUGAGCUCUCAACGAUGCUGGCUGUCAUGGCUUCUAUCAAGGAGGAGAUGAGCAAGAUAAGGGAGAGGUGUCUGCCGCUGCUGCGGGAGGCCCAGUCACUGCUUCCCCCUCUGGAGGAGAUGGAGAAGAACAUCACAGGGUUCUACCAGGCUCUGGAGAAGGCUAGCCACAUCACCUGCUCCAGGGACUCAGAGGCCCCCGGGGACUUCAAACAAAAAUGCCAAGAGCUGGUGACAUUCACCCAGAGCUGUAAGAAGUGUCUGACAGUGAUUGAGAAGAACCAUCAGGGCAUCCAGAGAACCCUGGACAGCAGUAAGACCCUACAGCACAUGGACAUGGCCCUGCUGCAGAAGAGAGUUGUUGACCUGCAGGCGUCCUCACGGGCCAUGAUCAAGGAGUCCACUGACUGGAGGAAACACAUGGAGGCCAACAGCAGCUUAAUGAAGAGGUUUGAUGAGUCCCGUGUCGAGCUGGAGAAGGUGCUCAAGGUGGCUCAGGCCUCUCUAACGGAGAGAGGCCACCCAGAAGACCUGCUCCGAAAACACACAGAGUUCUUUGGGCAGUUGGACCAGCGGGUCCUCAAUGCGUUCCUGAAAGCGUGUGAUGAGUUGACAGACAUCUUGCCAGAGCAGGAGCAGCAGAGUCUGCAAGAGACAGUCAGGAAACUGCACAAACACUGGAAGGAUGUCCAGACAGAGGCGCCCUACCACCUGCUGCAACUGAAGGUAGAGGUGGAGGGAAGCAAGCUGAUGGUCUCCCUUCAGGAGUGUCAGUCAGAGCUGACCAGGGAGAACAGACACCUGUCUGGCAUGGGGAGCGAGAGGCUGGUCAAGGAACACAGGGGCUUCUUCAGAGAGAAGGGUCCUCAGUCUCUGUGUGAGAAGAGACUACAGUUGAUGGAGGAACUGUGUCAGAAGCUCCCGGACAGAGACCCAGCCCACCAGACUCUGGACAGCUCUAAGAAGGCCUACUCUGAACUCCGGGAGGAGAUAGACAGCACCCAUCACAAACUGAUGCAUCACCCUGAUAAGUGGAAGGAGUUUAACACUAGGUUCUCUGAGCUGUCAGCCUGGCUGUCGUCUAAAGAGAGCCAACUCAGACUGCUGAGGAAGCGAGCCAAUGACCCCAGCAAGUACGGACAGGUCAAGUCCACCAUUACAGAGCUGAGGAACGAUGCAGAGUUGCAGGAGGGGAACCUGGGCUGGCUAAAAUCCCGUCUGUCUGUGCUGAUAGAGAUCUCCUCUGAGACAGAUGCACAGAGGCAGGCUGGGGCCCUGAAUAAACUUUCCACCAACUUCAAGGGCCUCCUCUUCUAUCUAACUGAGUCUGAGAAGUUGGUCCUGGCGGUGGGGGACUGUGUGCAGUUCAGGGAGGAGGUGCGUGGUACGCUGGAUGAGCUGGUGCAGGGUCAGCAGGAGGUACACCAGGAAGUGACCAGGAUACUGGACUCUGAGACCGUCAGGGAGGCCCAGCAACUGCUCCAGGUUCACCAGCAACAGCUGAAGCGUCUGCGUAUGAAGAGGAAGGAUGUGCAGCAGCAGAUCGCCAGGGGCCAUCAGCUACAGGCUGAGGAGGGGCUGGGGGAGACCUUACAGCAGGACCUGCAGAGUCUGGAGACUACACUCAGCAAGAUGGACCACACCAUGGACUCACAGGAGCAGGAGUUAGAGGUGACCCUGUCUUCAUGGCAAGAGUUUGACGGUCAGCAGAGGGCAGUGCAGGAGUUUGUUACAAGGGCCCGCUCUGUCAUGGACAGAGACCUCAACUUCAGCAGCCCAGAGAGCCUGGCUACUGAUCUGGACCAGUCCAGGGUCCUUUUAAAGCAGAGUGACGCAGAAGCCUCCACGGUGAACACCUUGUUAAAGAAAGCAGCAGAGAUCCAGCUCGGCCCAAAGAACAGCACCCUGCUACAGAAGCAAGCCCGCUCCCUCAGUGAACAACUGGACAAAGUGGAGGCUGGCCUCAAGAAAGAUGUCAAGGCUCUUGAUGGGAUGAAGACUCAGUGGGACCGGUUCGGGACAGAGUUUGAGGCCUUCUCCUCGUGGAUCUCUGAGAAAGAGAAAGAGCUGGAUGCUUUAAAGAGUUCCACUGCUCCACUUGGACAACAGAUCAACACAGUAAAGGCAGUGGGUGUGGAGCUGGGGGACAGGGUGGAGGUGUUCUCCCAGCUAGAGGCAGACUCCCAGGCUCUGGCCCAGUUUAUCUCCUCUGGGGAGGCAGCCCGCGUCAAGGCCCGGCUCACCCAGAUUGGCAGGUACUGGGAGGAGCUGAGAGAGAGUGUAGACCAGUUAAAUGGACAGCUACAGGAGAGCUCCUCCACACAGCACCGCUUCCACACCAGCCUUGCAGAGGCCCAAACAACUCUUGGUGAUCUCCAUGAGAAACUGGACCAUCCUGUCACCUCCUGUACCUCCUCGUCAGAGACCUACAAAGGACUCCAGAACCACAUGGAUGUGUGCCAGAGCUUGGAGAGGCUGAAGGCAGCCUUCUUGUCCCUGUCUGCUGGGGCACGUAGACUCAGUGACAGGGAGCAGGCUGAGAGGGCCGUGGCAGCUCUACAGACCAGCUAUGACCAGAGUCUAUGGCAGGCCAAGGACAAACAGAACACACUGGAGAAACUGCUGUCUCUAUGGCAAAAGUAUGAGAAGGAUCGUUCUAGCUUUGUAUCCUGCUUGGAGAGAUGUGAGUCUACAUCCAAACCUGAGAGCCAUUGCCUGCCUGCAGAUAAAACAAAGCUACAGAGUGAGCUGCAAGACUUGCAGGAUUUGCAGUAUGAGGUGGUGUUGCUGGAGCCCCUCCAUACUGGCCUGGUGACCUUGGGAACAUCUCUGUACCCCACUGCUACAGUGGAGCGGGCAAGGGAGCUUAGAGAGGACCUGGAGCAGCUGAAGAAGAGAUGGAGCUCCCAGAAUGAACUCAUCCCUCACAGAAUCCAGGAGCUCCAGAGCCACCUGUCCCAGGUGGAGCAGUUUGACCAGGCCCUGCAUACGUUUUCUCAGUGGAGUGAGACGCUCCUUUCCAACCUACACUCAGCUUCCCAGGUCAACAUCACUGACCUGCAGCCUGCUGUGGCCCAAGUCAAGGAGACUCUGGCUGCACUUCAGAAGCAGAGCGGUUUGAGGGAGAGCCUGGAGCUUCAGACAGAGGGUCUGUGUGCCUCAUGUGAUCCCCAAGAUGCUCAGCUCCUCCAAGGGAGACAGGGGAGCUGCCUACAGCCCUACCUGGAGGCCCAGCAGCUGGCUGAAGUCCGUCUGGACUGCUUGGAGAAGCUAGAGGCCUUGCUGGAGACCCACGGUGCAGCUGCAGGGGUACUACGAGGCCUGAGGCAAACGGUGGAGAGCGCAGGGAGCUGGGACCGGGGUCGGGUGGAAGAGCUGCAGCGAGAACUGGAGGCCAUCGUCCCAGACAUCAGCAGACUGGAGAACCUGGCAGCCAGCUUGGACAGCAGCCUCUGUAAAGGCCACCUACACGUGGUGAGCAGCACUGCAGAGGGAGGCACCCGGACAUCGUGCCGGGUGCUGGCUGAUGGUCUCAGCGGAGAGCUAGACAUGGUGAGGAACCUGGUGGGGACCAAGCAAAGCGAGGCAGAGGCUUUGGGAGCGCUGUGGAGCUCAUUCAGGCAGAGGAAGGAGCAGCUGCUGAAGAGUGUGGAGGACAUCGAGGAGAAGGCGGACCACCAGAGCCUCAGAGAACCCAGCCCACUUGCCCUGCAGCAGAGGCUGCGGUUCUUCAACCAGCUGGAGGAUGAGCUCCAGUCUCACCAACACGAGGAACAGUGGCUUAGGGACAAGGGCCAGCAGCUAGCCCAGAGAGAUGCAGAGCUGGCUGGGGAGGUUCUCCGAGAAAUCAGCCUCCUGGAAACCACCUGGGAGGACACCAAGAGACUCAUCACUGACAGACAGGAGCAGUGCAGUGUUCUGGUGGAGCUGAUGAGAGAGUACCAGAGCUUGAAGACAUCCAUAACAACCAUCACAGAGAACACUGAGGCUGUGGCUGACAUUGGUUCUGCUCUGAAGGACCAUGAGGAGACCAAGAGAGCGCUGUCUAAGCAUGAAGCAGCGAAGGCGGAGACGUCAGCCAGGCAAAGUGAGCUCGACCAAUUUUCCAGUAAAGGGAAGCAGCUGUUAAGUGAGCUGAAGAAGAUCUCAGACUGUGAGACCCAGCAAAUGAGGAAGGACAUGGAGACACUGGUGGACCAGUGGCUCGAUGUGUCGGAGAGGGUUGAAGACAACAUUGAACAUCUGAUCCAGAGCUUGGCGUUAUGGGACGAUGUACGCCAAAUCAGCGAGGAGAUCGAGGGAUGGACAACCAACUCUGUGAUGGAACUCAGUGAGAGCCUGAACAACCUCAACGACAGCCAGCGGAUGGAGACCAAACUCUCUGCAUUACAGGUGGAGAUGGGAAAAAACGAGCACAAGCUUGUAAACCUGCAAGGGAAAGUGUCAGAACUGAAGCAUCUCAGCCGUAGCCAGGAAACUCCAUCCAAACUACAGGUGCUGGAAGCAGACUUGAGGAAGAAGAUGAGCCAGGUGCAGAAGCUGUGUGAGCAGGCCAGGGGAAACCUCCGGGACUUUAGCUCCCAGAGGAAGCAGCUAGAGGACUACAUUACUCAGAUGUCUGAUUGGCUUAAGAGCAUGGAGCGAUCCCUGACGAGCUCACCGAUUGGCUCUGACCCAGAGGACAUCUGCAGAGUCAAGGACCUCCAGAAGGACCUUCAGAACCAGCAAGGCAGCAUAGAUUCUACCAGGGAGAGCCUGAACACUCUGUGUCGGAAGUACCCUUCUGAGGAGCUGGCUGGGCUGGGCAGUGCCCUCACUGACCUCAUCAAGAGCUAUGAGUUUGUCAACCAGCUCUCCUCCAGGACCCUGGCCUCCCUGCAGCACGGCCUGCAAAAACACUUCAAUGAACUGGUUCGGGAGUUCCACAACUGGCUGUCUGGGCAGAGGGAGGUAGUGAAGGAGUGCUCUGACCGAUCAGGAGACACAAGCAUCGUGGAGCGCAAACUCCAGAAGCUAAAGGGGGCUCUGGAGCGUGUGGAGGAAGGGGAGGUGCGUCUGACUCAGGUGUGUGAGGAAGGAGAGAAGCUCCUUCUCCAUCUCCCUAAGGCCAGCGCUGGCCAGGUGCAGCAUCACCUCUCCUCCAUCCAGCAGGACUGGGACCGCUUCGUAGAGCAGUGUAGACUCAACCAACAGGCCCUGGAGGACAGCACUGCACAACUAAAUGGGUUUGAGGGGCGUCUGAAGAGGCUGAAGCGUUGGCUGGAGCACAUGGAGCAGAGGCUGAACACAGAGCUGCCUGAGGAGACACACAGGGAUCCUGAGAAGGCAACACUGGAGAGGGUGGAGGGAUACCACCAGGACGUGCUCAAAGAAAGGGACUCGUUCGAGCGACUGUGUCAGGAGUCGCAGGCCCUGAACGAAGGUGGACGGGGCGACGGUGGCGAGACGCGGGCAGCUGCGGGGCUGCAGUCUCAGCACCAAGGUCUGCUGCGGAGGGUGAGGGAGAGGCUGCGGAGCUGCCAGAUGACCCUACAGGAACAGCAGGCAUUUGAGGAGACCCUGCAGAGCACCUGGUCCUGGCUGAACGGUGUACAGGAACGACUGGGGAGCCUCAACAGUACACUGGGGAACAAGGAGAAGCUGGAGAAGAGGCUGGGACUUGUACAGGACAUCCUGCUGAUGAAGGGCGAGGGCGAGGUGAAGCUGAACAUGGCGGUAGGGAAGGGCGAGCAGGUCCUGAAGCAUAACAGUGUGGAGGGACAGGAGGCCAUCCGCUCCCAGUUACAGAACCUAAAGGAUGCCUGGGCCAACAUGCUCAUGACCGCCAUGAGUUGUCACAGUCGUCUAGAGUGGACGGUGGCCCUGUGGAGUAGCUACCAGGAGAGUAAGGGUCAGCUGCAGCAGUGGAUGGAGUCUGUAGAGCAGGAGGUGGUUCUGGCGCUCGCCCAGCAGCCAGGCCUGAAGGAAAAGGCUUCUCUCCUGGAGCGUCUCAGAGCCCUGCAGGCUGACGUGGAGGCUCAUACAGCACCACUGGCCAGGCUGACAGAGAAGGCUGCAGAGCUGCAUGAGAAGACAGGCGACCAGGCCUUCGGACCAGAGCAGAGAAUGGAGCUCAAUGCGCACUUUGCUGAUAUCACCGCUGUCGUCAAGAGUAAGGUUCACGCCAUGGAGAACAUAGUGACAGAGCAUGAGCACUACCUGGAAGCUGUGAGGGACUUCAAUGAUUGGCUGACCUCUGCCAGGGAGGAGCUCCAGCGCUGGUCGGAUCUGUCAGGAGACUCCACCUCUGUAAAGAGGAAGCUCGCCAAAGUUCGGGAGCUGAUAGACUCCAGGCAGUCUGGCCGAGAGCGUCUCAGCCGGGUGCAGCGUUGUGGGGCUGCAGCGAGGGACCACACGGGCUCCGGGGGCUUCGAGGCAGUGGAGAGGGAGGAGGCAUCCCUGCUGUCUGCCUGGGAGCACUGGGAGCGUGGGGCACUGCAGACCAGGGCAGGCCUGGAGACUGCGCUCUCUCAGAUCGCCAGCUCAGAACAGGAGUUUAACUGCUUGGCUGCUCAGCUGGAGCAGAAUCUGCAGGAGUUUAGCAGUCAGCUGCAGGAGUGGAGAGACAGACUCUCUCAGACAGAGGGGAAAAACUGUGGGGAGGAGGCUGUGCAGGGCUGGCAGAUUGCAAAAGACACUCUGGAUGGCCUGGUUAAAGUGGAGCCCAUGUCAGACAGUCUGAAGUCCCAGCUCAACGACCUAUGGCGGUUCUCCAGGGACCUGGGCACUCAGUCAGAGAGAGUGUCCUCCCUUAUCAAGGAGUACAACAGUCUGAGCCUGCAGGCCUCCAGAGAAUGCCAGAGCAAAGAGAAGCUUCUGGAGCAGCGGUUCCGUGCCACUUUCCGAGAGUUCCAGCAGUGGCUGGUUAACGCCAAGAUCAUCACAGCCAAGUGCUUUGACGUGCCUCAGAAUCUCAGCGAGGCCUCCUCCAGCCUGCAGAAGAUACAGGAGUUCCUGAGUGACAGGGAACAGGGCCACUCCAAGCUGAAUGCUGUGGUGCUAAGUGGUGAGCUGGUGGUCAGUAUUGCUGCCAAAGACCGAAUGGACGCUGUCCGGGCCAAGAUUAGCAGUGCCAGAGAGGACUGGAAGACUCUGAUGUCCAACCUGCACCAGAGGGAGACUGCAUUACAGAACCUCCAGUCUCAGAUGAAGGACUUUGAGGCUAGUGCGGAGCCCCUUCAGGAGUGGCUGCACGGGACAGAGGUUGCUGUACAGGAGAGCAGCACACGACUCCACGACCUCACAGCUAAAAAGCAGGAGUUGCACAAGCUGCAGUCUGUGCUCGAGGAGUUAGCCUCUCAAGAGGUUCAGCUGAUCAGGCUCAAAGAGAAGGCCCAGCUGCUGUGGGACGGACACGCGGCCGGAAAGGGCUUUGUCCACCGUGUCUCACAACUCUCUGCACAGUACCUAGCUCUAACCAACAUGACCAAGGAGAAGGCUUCCCGUAUCGACCGGAUCGUCACCGAGCACCAGCUGUUCUGCCAGGGGCUGAAGGAGCUGCAGAACUGGGUGGCCGACACCAGCCACAUGCUGCAGACCUACUGCACCCCCACAGCAGACAAGAACGUCCUGGACAGCAGGGUGAUCAAGCUGGAGGCUUUGCUGACAGCACGCCAGGAGAAGGAGAUCCAGCUAAAGAUGCUGGUCACCAGGGGAGAGUCUGUCCAGAGGAACACCUCAGUAGAGGGAGUACCAGUAGUCUGCAAGCACAUCCAGGAACUCAAAGACUCCUGGGAUGCCCUGCUUUCCGCCUCCAUCCAUUGCAAAAGUCAGUUGGAGGGAGCCCUUUCCCAGUGGACCAGCUACCAAGAGGAUGUGCUUCAGUUUGUGGGCUGGGUGGAGCAUGUUGAGGAGAGCCUGGACACAACAGACAAACAGUUCUCUGAGAUGAGAGACAAAACUGCCAACCUGGGUAAAGCCAAGCUUCUCUAUGAGGAGGUGCUGAGCCACAGCAGUCUGCUGGACACCAUCACUAUGAAGGGAGCCAACAUGGCCGAACAUUACGUCACACAGCUAGAGCUCCAGGACCUGCAGGAACGAUACAACACCGUCAAGGACAACGCCAAGAGUACGAUGGGGAAAGCAGAGGAGCUUGUGCAGGCUCACCAGGAGUACCAGAGAGGCCUGCAUGUGUUUGAGGUGUGGCUGGAGCAGGAGCAGGAGAAGCUGGGCUGCUACACACAGCUAGAGGGGGAUGUGGAAACCCUGGAGGAGACACUUCAGAAACUACAGGACCUACAACUCCAGUGCACGGAGGGCCAGGCCCUGCUCAACACUCUGCUAGACAGUAGAGACCAGGUUGUGCCAUGGGGGGUCCCUCAGAUCGAGGACCGGGUCCUGGAGACUGUGCAGCAAGACUGGCGGUUGUACCAGGGGAGGCUGGGAGACACCAGGGGCCAGCUCAACAGUGCCCUGGCCAAGCUCCGCCAGAUGGAGCAGAAGUUUCAGCGUCUGGACAGCUGGCUGAAGAGCAUGGAGAGCAAAGGUCAACUACGAAGCCAUCGGAGGUCAGACCGCGCCACCAAGGACGCUCAGCUGCAACUAAUUAAGGGUUGUCAGGAGGAAGUGCUGGUGUACCAGGAGGAGGUGGAGGGUCUGAGUGUUCUAGCCCAGCAAGUGUUGGACGAGACACACAUCAGCAGCCGGGUCAGCACCAGAGCUACCCAGCUCACCGCCCGCUACCACGCCCUGCUGCUGCACCUACUGGAGAGCAUCAAGCAGCUGCAGGAGGAGGUGUAUUGCAUAGAGGAGGCCCAGAGUGUGUUCAGUACCUUCUCUGAUUGGCUGAGCUCUGCCAAGAACAACUUCAGCACCGUGGCCAUCAGCAUUGAUGUAGUGGACCGUGUUACCAUGGAGAGGAAGAAGAAGAAACUGGAGGCUCUGCAGGGUGACAUGGAGCAGGGCCACAGCUUCCUGAGGACGAUGCGUGAGAAGACUGAACGAGCCAUGGCCUUCCUGGAGGAACCAGAGGCAGACCAGCUGAGGGAGGAGGUGGACGCCCAUCUCUCCCAGCUAGAGGGCCUGAUGGUUGGGCUACGCACUGAACACAGCUCGCUGGAGAAAUGCAUCUCCCUUUCCAAAGACUUCCUGGACAAGUACAAGGCCCAGGCUCAGUGGAUCACAGAGACCAAGGCUCUGCUAGGGAUGCCUGUUGAACCCAAAGCUGAGCUCUAUCAGAAGAAGGCCCAGUUAGCCAAAUACAAGACGAUCCAGCAGACAGUGCAGUCUCACGAGUCAGCAGUGAGGUCUGUGGUUGAGAAAGGAGAGGCUCUGCUGGAUUCGGUCCGCGACUCUACCAUCAGGGACAACAUGAGCAGACUACAGACAGACUACCAGGACCUCUGCACUGCAGCCAGGGGCCAGGUUCAGACUCUGAUGGAGUUGGUGAAGGAGCAUGAGGGCUACAGCAGUGAGCUUCAGGAGGUGGAGAAGUGGCUCCUUCAGAUGUCCAGUAGGCUGGUCACCUCAGACUCCAUGCAGACCUGCAGCAUGGAGACGGCCACACAGCAACUAGCUCGGCACAAGGCAAUCAUGGAGGAGAUAGCUAGCUUCGAGGAGCGCCUGACCAGUCUGAAGGAGACGGGAGAUGACCUGAUGUCCAACUGUACUACAGACCAGGUCCAGGCUAAGAUCAGCCAGCAGGUCCAGGCUCACCAGCAGGGCACCAGAGACAGUUACUCAGCCAUCUGCAGCACCGCACAGCGUGUGUACCAAAGUCUUGACAGGGAGCUGCAGAAACAUGUCAGUCACCAGGACACUCUGCAGCAGUGCCAGACCUGGCUCUCCACUGUCCAUGAGGAGCUCCGGCUGCAUUGUCAACCUCCCUCUGGCCUGCAGGAGGCCCUCAAACAGGUGAAGCACUACAGGGCUCUACAGGAGCAGGCCAGUACGUACCUGGACCUGGUGUGUUCUGUGUGUGACCUAUCUGAUGAUGCUGUGAGAGUCACUGUUGCUGAGGUCCAGCGGGUCAAACACACGAUCGAGGAGAGGAUGUCUAGCUCCCAGGGGCUGUCGGAGGGCUGGAAGGAGAUAAAGGAGCAGAAGCAGGAGCUGUUUGGUCUGUUCCAGGACAUGGAGCAGCAGCUCCUCAGUCUCUCCAGAAGACCAGCCGAGCUCGAGACCAAGAUCGCCCACAACAUGCUCACCCAGGCCAAGGAGUUUAGCAAUCAGCUGCAGAGUAAACAAGCCACCCUAACCAGGAUGACAGAGAGUGUGAAUCGUCUGACUGAGGGCCAGGCCAGCCCGGAGCAUGGGGAAGUAGGGCGUCUGAGCCACUCCUGGCUGGAGCUGUGUCACCAGGCUAACAGGCUGCAGGAUCAGAGGCAGGAGGACCUGCAGAGGACUCAGGAGUACCACGACUGCAUCACAGCCAUGGAGGCACUGUUUGAGCAGGUGUCCAAGGAGUGGGACAACCUGGCCAGGACUGAUGCUGAAAGUUCAUCUGAGCACUUGGAGGCGUUGAAAAAACUUUCCGUGGCUCUCAGAGACCAGAAGGGAACUCUGGAGGACCUGAAGGACCAGAGGCAGAAAGUCAUCUACCAUCUGAAUCUUGACGAUAAAGAGCUGGUCAAAGAGCAAAUCAGCCACUUCGAGCAGCGUUGGGCCCAGCUACAGAGCCUCAUCGACAGGAAGAUCCAGGACUCGGUGCUGACCUUGGAGGACAUGGCCCAGGUGGAGGCCCGUCUGAGGGAGGCCAGGGAGUGGGCCGAGGAGCAGCAGCCUGCCCUGUCUGAAGCCAUGAAGAUGAGUCCUCCUCCAGAGUUGUCCCAAAGCUUCCUGUUUGACCACCUCAGCAUCUGCAGUGAACUGGAGGCUAAGCAGCUGCUUCUGGCCCAGGCCAUGACCGACGCUGACCGCGUCCUGGCUCACCUGGGGCUCAACGAGCGCCAGCGCCUGCAGCAGCUCAUCUCAGACACCCAGGCUGAGGUGGAGUCACUCAGUGUGAAGGUGGCCCAGAGGAGGAAGCACCUCAGCAAGGCAUUCACAGAGAGAACACAGUUCCUGCAGGCUGUCAACCAGUCCAUCACCUGGGUUCAGCAGAAUGAGAAGAAGGCCCAGGCAGAGGAGUACAUCGCCCUGCUACCUGACGACCUGGCCAAGCAGGUGCGAACCUGCAGGAACAUCCAGAGCAGCCUAAAGGCCUACCAGAGCGAGCUGACCUCCCUGUGGUCCCAAGGCAGAGACCUGAUGAGAGACGCCACCGAGGACGAGAAGGUUGAGAUGCUCACCAAGCUGCAGGAGCUGCAGAACAUCUUUGAGAAGGCCCUGCAGAAGUGUGGCCAGAGGCUGCAGGAGCUGGAAAAGGUGCUUGUCUCCAGAAAGUACUUCAAGGCAGACCUGGAGAAGACAUGUCAGUGGUUGAAACAGGCAGACAUAGUGACCUUCCCUGAGAUUAACCUCAUGAAUGGCGACUUGGAGCUGAACGUGCAGCUGUUGAAGUACCAGCAGAUAGUAGAGCAGGCGAUGGAAUAUGAAAACCUCCUACUGAUCGUCCAGAGAGCUGGUCAGGAGAUCCUUCCCACUCUGAAUGAAGUGGACCACUGUUACUUGGACGAGAAACUCAAUGCUCUCCCACAGCAAUACAAUAGCAUACUGGCUCUGGCCAAAGAGAAACAGGAAAAGAUUGAACAGGCCAUUCUAUCCAGAAAGGAGUAUGCCUCCUUCAUAGAUGUAACACAUAAUGCGUUGAAGGAGCUUGAGGAGCAGUUCCAUAACUUGGGGACUCAGCCUGUUGGUCUACAGACAGAGGAGGUUGUCAGUUUACAGAACGAUUACAAAGCUCUUCAGGUUGAUCUGAGCAACCUUGGUCUGGCUGUCAGUGAACUAAACCAGAAGAAAGAAGGAUUCCGAAGCACCGGCCAACCCUGGCGGCCUGAAGAAAUGACCCAGCUGGUGAGCCUCUACAAUGGGCUCAAGAGGCUCAUCGAACAGCGGGUGGAGCACCUCGACGACACGCUGGAGUCCUUCGAGGACCACAAGGCCAUGGCCAUGCAGGUAGACUCAGAGCUGAAGGCUACCAAAGAACAGCUGGUCAAGGUCAACGCAGAGACUCAGUCGGCGGAGGAGAGGCUGAAGAACUACCACGCCCUGGCCGGGAGUCUCCAGGGCGCCAGCUCUCAUCUUUCUAGACUCAUGGAACAGAUGGACAACCUGGCUCCUCAGCUGGACCAGGCUGCCCACGAGGCCUCCAGAGAACAGGUGGUCUUGUGGCAGGAGGAGCUGCAGUCCCUACAGUCUGCUGUAGGGGAGCUGAUAGUGGAGUGUGAGAAUAGGUUUGUCCAGAGUAAAGACUUUGAGACGGAGGUGAAGCGGACCCUGGACUGGCUGCAGCAAAUCAGGGAUGAGCUGGACUGUGCUGUGGUGGUGGACGUGAGGGUAGAGAAGGUCCAGGAGGAGAUCAGGAAGCAGCAGAUUAUGCAGGAAGAGGUCCAGUCCAGGCUGAGGAUCGUGGCUGCCCUGAGCAGCAGGGAGAAACAGAAGUACACCAGCGCCAAUGAGCUGGUCCCAGCCCAUGUUGACUUGAGCCUGGAGGAGAUGGCCAAACUGCAGGCUGAUGUACAACAGGCUCUGAGCUCCAAACAGAUCACCCUGGAGCAGGCCUUAGCGUUGUGUCAGAAAUACCACUUCCGGAUGCAGUCAGCGUGUGAGUGGCUGGAGGAUGCAGUGGCCUUCCUACAACUAGCCAGCUUGGGGGUGGACGUAGAGAACUAUGAGGAAUGUCUACGCCAGCAGGAGGACAUCAUGGCCUCGGAGCAGGAGUUCUUGGGCCACCUGCAGGAGUUGGAGGCUCUGCCCCCCCAGCUGGAGAACCUGGUUAACCCUUCAGCCAAGGAGCAGCUUAGGCUGAGUGUGGAGUCUGCUCAGCAGAGAGGAGUGGAGGUCCGAGAUCAGCUGCAGUGUCAUCAGGACGUCCUGAUCAGCUGUGUUGCCCAGUGGAAGUCCUACCAGGAGACGAGGCAGACAGUGAUUGAACUGAUGAACGAGGCAGAGAAGAAGCUGACUGAGUUCUCCACCGCCAAGGCUGCUACCUUUCUGGAGGCAGAGGAGAAGCUCAGGAGUCAUAGGUCCCUGGUGUCGAUGGUGAAUGGGUUCCAGGAGAAGCUGACCGGGCUGGAGGAGCAGGCAUCCCAGCUGGAGCUGGUGGGUAGUGACGCCAGCAAGGCCACCAUCAGCCGCUCCAUGACCACGGUGUGGCAGCGCUGGACCCGGUUACGCAGCGUAGCACGAGGGCAGGAGAGGGUCCUAGAGGACACGGCCCAGGAGUGGAGGACCUUCAGGGAGAAGAUGGUGAAGCUGAGGAACAUGGUGGACGAGCUUCAGAGCCGUGUGAUAGACUGUGCUGUGGAGAAGGCCUCCAAGGCUACCUUGCAGUCUGUGUUGGACCAGCAUGAGCUGCUGAUCCAGGACAUGGAGAGGGAGCUGUCCUCCCUCACCCUGCUGCGUCAGUACGCCCUCAGCCUGCUCCAUGACGUGGAGGUCCCCUCACCAUCCCCCACCUCCGAACAGGACGAACUGCCCAGUCUCAAGGAGAUCAGAGCCGUACAAGACCGCAUGGAAAGUCUGCUGCAGCAGGCACGUACCAAGCGUAGCCAGGCUGGGAUGGAGCUGAGGGAUAGAGAGGAGGUGGAGAAGAACCUGAGUGUGGUCAAAGCCUGGAUCCAGGAGACCAGGGAGCUGCUUCUCAACCCUACCCCAGAUAUAGAUGCUCUGCUUCAGGAGCUGGAGGUGGUGCACAGUGAUGUGAUUGGGUACCGUCAGCAUUUGGAUAAGAUAGCUGAGCAGCAGCAGAGCAAGUAUCUGGACCUGUACACCAUCCUGCCCUCAGAGAUCUCCAUGCAGCUGGCUGAGGUGUCCCUCGCACUGGGGGCCAUCGAGGACCAGGUUCUAUCCAAAGAGAGAGAGAUUCAGAAGACGAGAGACAUCAAGGAGGACUUCAGUUCCAGGAUCCAUGACGUGUCGGAGAAGAUGAAAGCCAUCUCCACCAGACUCAAAGACAAAGCCAGUGAUGUCGAACACGCUAAAGACGAGACCAAGUGUCUUUGUGAUGACCUGGAGAGCUGUCGUCGGACUCUCUCAGAGCUGGAUGCUGCGGUCCAUGAGUUCGGCAGACGGAACUCUGUCUUGGCCAAACAGCUGAGCGAUGCCAUAGUCAAGUUAGGAGACAUCCACCACCACACUGCCCGACUGGCCGAGUGUAGAACCAUCUGGCUCAAAAAGGCCGAUGCCCAUCUAGAGGAGUACAGUGAGAUGCUGGACUUCAUAGUGAGGUGGUCGGAGAAAGCCAAGGGCCUGGUGAGGGCCAACAUCAUCUGGAACUCCUCCCCUCAUCUGCAGGAGCAAAUAAGGAUGUACCAGUCUGUGCUGCGUGAGUCCCGGGAGCUCCAUGGGGACCUGCAGGCCAUGGGAGAGAAGGUGGAUCUGCUAUCUGAGGUGCUGCAGACGGAGAACAUGUCCCAGCAGGUGUGUGAGCUCAGCCGCAACACCGAGGAGCUCCAGCAGACCAUCAGGACACGACUGCAGAGCCUACAGGACGCAGCCAAGAGUAUGGAGUGUCUGGAGUACGAGGUGAAGACCCUACAUGUUGCUCUGGAACAGGUCCAAGCUACACUGACCUCUCCUGAGUUGGCCCGACAGAGUCUCAAGGAACAACUGGCCCAGAGACAGCGUCUUCUGUCGGAGAUGGAGGGCUUCAAGCAGCAGGUGCAGGCGGUGCAGCUGUGUCAGAGCGCCCUGCGGGUCCCAGAGGAGGUGAUGCCUGGCCUGGCUAUCUGUCGCACGGCACUGGGCCUACAGCAGGAGGCCAGCCAGCUGCAGCAUGUCGCAAUACAGCAGUGCAACAUUCUACAGGAGGCUGUUGUGCAGUAUGAGCAGUAUGAGCAGGAGGUGAGGCACCUCCAGGGGCUGAUAGAGGACGGCCACAGAGUCAUCCAGGACCGACCCAUUCCCACCAGCAACAUCCAGGAGCUGCAGGCUCAGAUCCUACACCAUGAGGACCUGGCCCAGAAGAUCAAGGGUUACCAGGAGCAGAUAGCCAGUCUGAACUCUAAGUGUAAGAUGCUUGCUGUGAAGGCCAAGCACGCCACCAUGCUGCUCACUGUGAGUGACACGGAGGGGACGGGGCUUACUGAGGAGGACCUGGAUGGAGACACACACAAACCCUCUGUAGUCAUGAUGACAGCUGGCCGCUGUCACACCCUCCUGUCCCCUGUCACGGAGGAGUCUGGGGAGGAGGGCACCAACAGUGAGAUCUCCUCUCCUCCUGUCUGUCGCUCCCCCUCUCCCAUCACUCACUCCCAGAUGGGAUUGGGACGAGCCACCCUCACCAGAGCCCCCAUACAGGAGCUAUAUGACCCGACAUUUGAAUCUGUGGCCAACUUCGAUGACCUUCAACGCUCCUGGGAGACCUUGAAGAAUGUGAUCAGUGAGAAGCAGAGGACUCUGUACGAAGCGUUGGAGAAGCAGCAGCGCUACCAGGGUUCUCUCCAGUCUAUCUCCUCUAAGAUGGAGUCCUUAGAGGCCAAACUCAACGAGCCACUGGAGGCUGACAGGAGCACAGACAGUCAUAUGGAAGCCCAUCAGGCCAUGGGUGACGAGAUCCAGAGUCUGCAGGAGGAUAUAGACAAGCUGCAGACCAGCUUCUCAGAGGAGCUGGGUACUGAUGCUGUGGACUCGGACACGGCCGACCGGCUAGCCAUGCAGUCCACCCUCACUGUCCUGGCUGAGAGGAUGGCCACCAUACAUAUGAAGGCCACAGGGAAACGACAGCUUCUGGAGGAGCGUGCGACUGACCAUCUAGAGGAGCAGCGUCAAGAGCAGGCCUUACAACACUACCUCGACCAGGCUGACCAGAUGGACCACUGGCUGCUCAGCACCCGCUCUGCAUUCACAACCUUCCAGCCCAGCGUUAAGGAGGAUGAGGAGGACAUGGAGGAGCAGCUCAUAGACUGCCAGAACAUGCUGCAGGAGAUUGAGCAGAAGGUGGUGGCCCUGUCGGAGCUGACCAUGCGGAGCGAGAGUCUGUUGCUGGAGGGGAGGCAGGAGACGCGGAUGGACAUGAGGGAGGACGCUGAGCAGCUAGCCAGGAAGCUGCGGACGCUGAAGGGAAGUCUGCUGGAGCUGCAGAAGAUGCUGCAGGACAAACACAUCAACAUCCAGGCCACUCUAGCAUGGGAUGCUUUUCAGGAGCUGAAAGGCCCAUUGAGGAAGCAUGGCUUCCUGCAGGACCAGGAGAACAAUGAGUCUGACUCUAGCCUGUCUCCGGGGCCCAGUGUACAGGACUGGCUGGCCCAGGCCCGUACCACACGCUCACAACAUCACCAUGACAGCCUCCAGAGACAGAGGGAGCUGGAGGAGCAGCUAGCAGAGCAGAAGAAGCUGCUCCAGUCAGUAGCCAGUAGAGGAGAGGAGAUCCUGAUCCAGCAGGCCUCACCCAGCAGUGUCAGUAUGACAGAGCCCUUCUCUCCGGAGCUCCUGCAGGAGAGAGAGACCCGGGCUGCCAGGCAGCAGAUGAGACAGAGGUGGGAGAGCCUGAGGAAAGAGCUCAGUACCAAACUCCAGCUCCUACAGAAAACCCUGGAGCAAGACAACAAGCAACCGGUUUACUCCAGAACGGCCAGAGUGACCACUGUUGGGACCCUGUUUAAAGGAGAGACAGAUAAAACAGAGGACAAGUCUUCACUGAAGACAUUAUAUGAUGGUUUCAGUCAGACAAUGGAGGAGAUGUCUUCUCAGACUAGGGCCUCUGAGGGCCAGGUGAUGCCAAUGGAGCAGCAGCUCUACCAAGCCGUGUCAGCUACCUCCUCCUGGCUGGAUGAUGUAGAGAACACCCUCUUCUCUGGUGCUGCCCUGCUGGCCGAGAACGCUGAGACACAGCUACAAAACCAGGAGGCCUUAGGGAAGGAUGUCAGUGAGGUGAAUGGGGAGGUGAGCCACAGUCGGGGUCUCCUGGGCCAACCUACAGGGCUGUGUGGACAGGACCAGGCCCUGCUAGAGAACACACUGGACUGUCUGACAGAGAGGCUAGGGACUAUGGACUCUGCCCUGGGGCGACGCUGUGAACACAUGAGGACCAGGAUGAAGGAACUCACUGCCUACCAGACGGAGUCACAGCUUCUCCUCACUGAUCUAACCGACACCAAGUGCCAGAUUCUUCAGACGUUGGCGGGAGCCACGGAGAGAGCAGCCUCCAAACAACUUGAGGUCAUUGCUGAGGCUGAGGAGAGUUUGAGAGAGUUUGAGCGGAGGAUUACCCAGCUCAAAACAAGAGGAGCAGAGCUACAGGCAGACCAGUUCUCCACCAACGAACUGCUAACGCUACAGGAUACCUACGAGGAGCUGGUGAUGACGGUGGGGUCGCGGCGUAGUGGCCUGAACCAGAACAUGGCUCUGAAAGGCCAGUAUGAGAGGGCUCUACAGGAUCUGGCUGACCUGGUGGACACCGCUCAAGACAAGAUGGCUGCCGACCAGAGGAUCAUCGCCAGCUCUGUGGAGGAAGUACAGAUCCUCCUGGACAAGCACAAGGAGUUCUUCCAGGGUCUGGAGUCCCAUAUGAUCCUGACAGAGACAUUCUUCAGGAAGAUCAGUGGCCUGGUGGUUCCCAGGGAGAACCAGAGUCUGGAGGAGACUCUGGCCCAGGCCCAGGGAGUCCUCAAACAGGCCCACAGGAGAGGAGUGGAACUGGAGUAUAUACUGGAGACUUGGAGCCGUCUGGUGCAGGACUACCAGGCUCUGUGUAGACAGCUGGAGGCAGUGGAGGGUAGCAUCCCCACAGUGGGCCUAGUGGAGGAGACUGAGGAGAAGCUCACUGAGAGGAGCUCACUGUGUCAGAGUCUGAUGGAUAGACUGACGGAGCACCAGCACAAGCUGUACCAGGUCCUGGAGGAGGGGAAGAGGUUGCUGCUGUCUGUGUGCUCUCCUGGCCUGGAGAAUCAGCUCACAAUGCUAGGGGAACACUGGCUAAGCAACGCUACCAAGGUCAACAAGGAGCUGCAAAGACUAGAGGCCAUUCUCAAACACUGGACCAGGUACCAGAAGGAGUAUGCAGAGCUAAAUGGCUGGCAGCAGUCUGCUCUAGAACGUCUGGAAAUCUGGAACACACAGGCAGACUUGGUUCCACAGGAGAUGGAGGCCAUCAGGAAUCAUCUCUCUGCCUUCCUGGAGUUCUGUAAGGAGGUGGAGACUCAUUCGUCUCUGAAGUGCUCUGUGAUGACAGAGGGCAACCAGCUCAUGAGGCUGAAGAGGGUUGACACCGCAGCCCUGCGUUCUGACUUGGCCCGCGUGGACUCACAGUGGACCCAACUACUCACACGCAUCCCAAUGGUGCAAGAGAAGCUACACCAGCUUCAAAUGGAGAAGCUGGCCUCUCGCCACGCCAUCUCUGAGCUGGUCAACUGGAUGUCUCUGAUGGAGAUUGUGAUCAAGGAGGACGAGGAGAACCUGAAGGGAGCAGUGGGGUCGACUGUCAUCCAGGAUUAUUUACAGAAGUAUAAGGGCUUCAAAAUAGAUGUGAUCUGUAAGCAGCUGACGGUGGACUUUGUGAACCAGUCUGUGCUCCAGAUCAGCGGUCCGGAUGUGGAAAGCAGGCGCAGCGACAAGACAGACUUUGCGGAGAGGCUUGGAGUCAUGAACCGACGCUGGCAGCUACUACAGGGACUCAUCACGGAGAGGGUCCAGUUCCUGGAGACUCUGCUGGAGGACUGGUUGGACUAUGAGAACAACAUACAGGGCCUGAAGACCUGGCUGCUCACUCAGGAGGAGAGGCUGAAGAGGAAACACAGGAUAGAGGACCUAACCUCCGUACAGAACGCCCUCAAAGACUGCCGGGAGAUGGAGGAGGUGGUGAAGGAGAAGGAGGGUGAGGUGGAGCGCGUGGAGGAGCAGGCCUGUGCCCUCAUCCAGAACAAAACAGACGAGGCCUGUGCUGUUGUCAUGGAGACGCUCCAAGCUGUCAAUCACACCUGGGCUAACCUCGAUCACCUUAUUGGGCAGUUGAAGAUCAGCCUUGUGUCAGUGCUGGACCAGUGGAGUCUGUACAAGCUGUCUUCAGAGGAGAUGAACGGCUACCUGAUGGAGGGGAGGUACUCUGUGUCUCGCUUCCGCCUCCUCACCGGCUCCCUGGAGGCUGUACAGCUACAGGUGGAGAGUCUACAGAACCUACAGAAGGACCUGGAGAAGCAGGAGAGCAGUCUGAGGAAGUUUGGCUCGGUGACACACCAGCUGCUGAAGGAGUGCCACCAGUCUGUGUCCGACUGCCUCAACAAUACCCUGAAGGAUGUCAACGCUAGGUGGAGCAGUCUGCUGGAGGAGAUCUCUGAGCGUCUGAGGAGCAGUAAAGCCCUGUUACAGCUGUGGCAGCACUACAAAGAGCUGUAUGAACAGAGCUGCUCCAGCAUCCAGCUGCAGGAGGAGCAGGCUGGCCAGCUAUUGGAGACUGCCUGCAGCAAGGACAUCGCAGAUGAGGAGGUGUCCACCUGGAUUCAAGACUGCAGUGAGUUGCUGCGGGCUCAGGUUCCAGUGCAGGCAUCUCUACAGGUUCUCCAGGAGCUGGGAGAUCAGCUGAAGCAACAGGUGGAAACCUCUGCAGCGUCCGCCGUCCAGUCAGACCACCUCUCUCUAACCCAGCGCCUUGCCACCGUGGAGCAGGCCCUCAGCAGGCAGCUCAUUACACUACAGAUGGGAGUCCAGGACUAUGAGACCUUCAGUGAGCAGCUGGAUUCGUUGGGGCGCUGGAUGGUGGAGGCCGAGGAGGCUCUGAAGGUCCAAGAUCCCAACGGUUCUUCUGACCUGUCCAUCAUCCAGGACCGCAUGGAGGAACUCAAGAGAAAGAUUCUGAGAUUCAGCAGCAUGGCCCCUGACCUGGAACGUCUGAAUGAGCUGGGCUAUCGGCUUCCUCUUAACGAUACCGAGAUCAAACGCAUGCAGAACCUUAACCGGAGCUGGUCCUCAGCCAAUGCCCAAACCACUGAGAGAUUCAGUAAACUGCAGUCGUUCCUGCUGCAGCAGCAGACGUUCCUGGAGAAGUGUGAGACGUGGAUGGAGUUCCUGGUACAGACGGAGGAGAAGCUAGCCGUGGGGAUAUCUGGGAACUACCAGAGUCUGAUGGAGCAACAGAGAGCACACGAGCUAUUCCAAGCUGAGAUGUUCAGUCGUCAGCAGAUCCUUCACUCCAUAAUCAGUGAUGGCCAGAGGAUGCUGGAGCAGGGACAGGUGGAUGACAGGGAUGAAUUCAACCUGAAGUUGGCACUGCUGAGUAACCAGUGGCAGGGUGUGGUGCGUCGCACCCAACAGAGGCGGGGUAUCAUCGACAGCCUAGUCCGCCAGUGGCAGCGCUACAGGGAGAUGGCAGAGAAGCUGAGGAAAUGGCUGGUGGAGGUUUCACACCCUGCCGAGGCCCUACAGGUUGGGGAGCCCGUACCCCUGCAGCAGGCCAGAUCCAUGCUGGACGCAGUUCAGCUGAAAGAGAAGGUCCUACAGCGGCAGCAGGGCAGCUACAUCCUGACGGUGGAGGCUGGGAAGCAGCUUCUCCUGUCUGCAGACAGCAGGGUGGAGGUGUCUCUGCAGGGAGAGCUCACAGGCAUCCAGGACCGCUGGAGACACGCCAACAUCUGCCUGGAGGAACAGAGGAGAGAGCUGGCCAACCUGAUAAAGGACUGGGAGAGAUGUGAGAGAGGCAUAGAGGGUUCUCUGGAGAAGCUGAGAGCGUUUAAACGGCAGCUCUCUCAGCCCCUCCCUGAUCACCACGAGGACCUGCAGGCUGAACAGAUGCGCUGCAAGGACUUGGAGAACACGUUUGACGGCUGGACAGAAGACCUAGCCCACCUGACGGUGCUGAGGGAGUCCCUGUCGAGCUACAUCAGUGCUGAGGACCUGUCUGUUCUACAGGAACGUAUAGAGCUUCUGCACCGCCAGUGGGAGGAGAUCUGUCACCAGCUAUCCCUUCGGCAGAAGCAGGUGAGUGAGAAGCUGAAUGAGUGGGCCGUGUUUAACGAGAAGAACAAGGAGCUGUGUGACUGGCUUACCGACAUGGAGAGCAAGGUGUCCCAGAAUGGAGACAUCAGCAUCGAGGAGAUGAUCGAGAAGCUACGCAAGGACUACCAGGAGGAGAUAGCGGUGGCUAAGGAGAACAAGCUGCAGCUGCACAAGAUGGGUGAGCGCCUGGCCAGGGCCAGCCACGAGACCAAGGCCUCUGAGAUAGAACACAAACUCAGCAAGGUGGACGAGCGCUGGCAACACCUGCUGGACCUCAUCGGAGCCAGAGUGAAGAAGCUGAGGGAGACUCUGGUGGCAGUGCAGCAGCUGGAUAAGAACAUGAGUAGUCUGCGGUCCUGGCUGGCCCACAUAGAGACUGAGCUAUCCAGACCCAUCGUCUAUGACACCUGUGAUUCCCAGGAGAUACAGAGGAAGCUGGACCUGCAGCAGGAGCUUCAGCGUGACAUAGAGAAGCACAGUACAGGUGUGGCGUCUGUGUUGAACCUGUGUGAGGUGCUGUUGCACGACUGUGACGCUUGUGCCACGGACACAGAGUGUGAAUCUAUCCAGCAGGCCACUCGCAGCCUGGACCGCCGAUGGAGGAGCAUCUGUGCCUUGUCCAUGGAGAGAAGGCUCAAGAUUGAAGAGACAUGGCGUUUAUGGCAGAAGUUCUUAGAGGACUUUGCACGUUUUGAGGAGUGGCUUGUGACCUCAGAGAGGACUGCUGCUCUGCCCAACUCUUCAGGCGUGCUCUACACUGUGGCCAAGGAAGAACUAAAGAAGUUUGAGGCAUUCCAACGUCAGGUCCAUGAGAGUCUGACCCAGCUAGAGCUGAUCAAUAAGCAGUACCGCCGUCUGGCCAGGGAGAACCGCACCGACUCCUCCUGUCGCCUCCGGGAGAUGGCCCACGACGGGAACCAGCGCUGGGACAACCUGCAGAAGAGGGUGGCCUCCAUCCUCCGCAGACUCAAGCACUUUAUCAGUCAGCGUGAGGAGUUUGAGACGGCCCGAGACAGCAUCCUGGUGUGGCUCACGGAGAUGGACCUGCAGCUCACCAACAUAGAGCACUUCUCAGAGUGUGAUAUCCAGGCCAAGAUCAAACAGCUCAGGGCGUUCCAGCAGGAGAUCUCUCUGACCACUGGGAAGAUUGAGCACAUCUUCCACCAGGGUGAGGUGCUGCUAGAGAAGAGUGAGCCUCUGGAUGCUGCUGUUAUAGAGGAGGAGCUGGAAGAGCUGCAGAGAUACUGCCAGGAGGUGUUCGGACGUGUGGAGCGCUACUACAAGAAGCUCAUACGCCUACCACUAACAGGUGACGAGUACGACGUGUCAUUCUCGGACCGGGAGUUUGAACUAGACGAACCUGGGGACCUGUCCAGCAUUCCCUGGAGUGAGCGUCUGGGAGACUGCCUGAUGUCCCCUCUACCCUCCCUAAGCCACUCUGCUUCCCUGGCUGCCCCUCUGCGGACUGGGGCUGAGCGCUCGGGCAGGGACACCCCAGCCAGUGUGGACUCCAUCCCCCUGGAGUGGGACCACGAUUACGACCUGAGCCGGGGGCUGGAGAGCGCCAGCAGGGCCCUGGGCCUGGCGUCUGAGCAGGGGGAGCACGGAGAUGAGGGGAGCUACCAGGGAUCAACUUCUGCCUCUGCUCUGUCAGAUGUAGUGAUCCCAGAGAGCCCUGAGGCCUUUGUUAAACUAACUGAACAAACCCUGAGGUCCUUGGAUGGAGAGGGAGGUACCCUGGAGACUCACAUCCUACAGUUGGACAAGGUUCUGGACACAAGCCGGUUCCACCUGCAACAGACAGAGAACAUAAUCCGCAGCCGCACCCCGACUGGCCCCGAGCUGGACGCUUCAUACAUGGGAUAUAUGCGUCUAUUGGGCGAGUGUCGUGGUAGUAUAGACACGGUGAAGAGGGUGGGCUACGAGCUGAAGGGGGAGGAGGACAAGGCCUCAGGACUCGCUGACCCCAUUGGUGGUGAUUCACAAACAACAGGUGUGAUAGAACGUUGGGAGUUGCUGCAGGCCCAGGCCCUCAGUAAAGAGAUGCGUCUGAAGCAGAACCUUCAGCAGUGGCAGCAGUUCAACUCUGACCUCAAUGCCGUGUGGGUGUGGCUGGAGCAGACUGCGGCGGAGCUAGAGCAGCAGCGGAGCCUGGACCUCAGCACCGACAUCCAGACCAUGGAGAUGCGCAUCAAGAAACUCAAGGAGCUGCAGAAGGCUGUUGACAAGCGUAAGGCCAUUGUGCUAUCCAUUAACCUGUGCAGUGCAGAUUUUGUCCAGUCUGUCACAGUGGAAUGCCAGGACCUGCAGGCCAGGUUGAAAGAGAUGAACAACCGCUGGGACAGACUUGGCACCUCUCUGGGGGAGUGGAGGGCAGCACUACAGAAUGCCCUCAUGCAGUGUCACGACUUCCAUGAGAUGAGUCACGGCCUGCUACUGUGGCUGGAGAACAUUGACCGCAGGAGGAACGAGAUCGUUCCCAUUGACCCCAUCCGGGACAGCGACACCCUCCACGAUCACCACAAAACACUCAUGCAAAUCCGUGGUGAGUUGCUGGACUCCCAGAGGAAAGUGUCGUCCCUGCAGGACAUGUCCCUGCAGCUGCUGGUCAACAGCGAGGGCUGCGACUGUCUGGAGGCCAAAGAGAAGGUGCACGUCAUCGGGAACCGCCUCAAACUGCUCUUCAAGGAGGUGACCAGAGACCUCAGAGAGCUGGAGAAGAUUCUGAACAUCACUAGUAGCCAACAGGAUCUGUCUUCAUGGUCGUCGGCUGAUGAGCUGGACACCACCUCUGGUUCCAUCAGCCCGGUGUCGGGCAGGAGCACGCCAAGUCGCCGUCGAUCGCAACGGGGCAAAUGUAGUCUGUCCCAGCAGAUCUCUGGACCCUCUGUGAGCAGUCCACACAGACCACACAGGUCUCCCAACGUCGCUGGGUCCGCUUCCUCCCCUUCUGAGGCUGAGGUGAUACCAUCGUCAUUCCUGUACCGUGUCCUGUGCGUGGCGGUGCCCCUCCAGUUGCUCCUCCUCCUGCUGCUGGUGGGCAUGGCCUGCCUGGUGCCAAUGUAUGAGGGGGACUUCAGCUGCAGCCAGUCCAAUAACUUUGCCCGUUCCUUCUACCCCAUGCUCAAAUACACCAACGGGCCCCCUCCUGUAUAGUCUAUCAUGACAGACCAAACAUUUGGUUCUGGGUGCCGAGCGAGAUUACUUCCGGUAUAUUCCAGCCUGGCCCUGGCAUGGAGACAAACCUGAGGAGGACAGUUGGGGUUUUUGAACAUCAUCACAGUCUGGGGUUUUUAAUUGUAUUGGAACUGUUUCAAUGCUCCACUACCUUGCAGCUUCCAUGAAGAAUAGACAGAUAAGCAAUGCCGUCAUUCGGCUCCUUGUGCCCCCAUAAGCAAGAAACAUAGGAACCCAAAUCUUAAACUGAUCUUUGAACGUGUCUUCUUUGUGUGGAUGGAGUACAGCAGCUGUCUUAACUUAUCUUUUGUAGCUGAUAGAAUCACUCAUGUCAUCUUUUAGUUUUCUGUCAUGUAUAGACGGGGAAAGCAUUUUUUUGGAGCAGCACAUGUAAGAACCAAAAAUGUUUCUGACUGCCGUCAGUGGAUAUCAACUGGAUGCUGGAACUGUUGGGUUGAAACACAGCUGCCAUUUGACACCUAGUUCAAUACAGAACAUGUAACCUGUGAAUUUGCCUGUUGUAACAAUUGAGAAUUUGUAAGAUAACAUUUUAAGAUGACUUUCAUUGCAUUUAUUUUUUACAUGUAUUUUGGCAUGCAGUUAUAAUCUUUGAUUUUACUUAUGCUUUUACUUGAUAUGUGUUGAAUAGUUGAUUUUUUAAAUAUGAACUAUACUGUGUGUGUAAGAAUCUAUUUAAUCUGAAUUGUGUUUUGAGUGUGUAUGUAAAACAAAUGAAAUAAUGAGAGUUGUUUGCUCUAGACUGUUUGACUGUAUAAGAAACCUUUAAAAAUAUGAACUGUAUGGAAAUAAUGUACUGAACACAUUUUGUUGUUAUUUUUCUAAUUGAAAAUAUGGAAAUUAUCUACUUACUAUUAAUCAAAACUAUAACGAAUUAUAAAACAACUGUAUAUUUUCUAUGGCUCUGUGCGUUCAGUAUUACAUGUAUAACAGUCCAGAAUUACUUAACAUGUUCUGUACAUAAUAUAAAUGUAUAUCUAUAAUGUAUAUCUGAGCCUAAAUCACAAAUAUUGAAUGCCAAAUUCUCAUUUUGA